AUGAAGAAUCAGACUUUGCUGUCUACCCAACGGGCCCUGCUGCCAGGCCUUAAGUCCUUCCUCCUGAACGAUCUCGACCGGGAGACACUGUCUGUGGUAGCGGAGAACAAACGACGUGCCUUGCUGGAACGUCUCGAGGUUCUCGCUUUUGGCCCCUGUCCACCUAUUCCAGACAGUCCGGUCGAUGCUGUCCCUACCGCCCUCCCUGAGACCCAGAGCCACGCUCACAGUCCCCUUUCCAAGAGGUACUCACUCCCGCCCUCCAUCUCCGGGACAUCAGGAAUGUGUCGGAUAGUGUUUCUGGCUUUAUUUGAUGACGAGCAACACACCACAUCGUAA